AUGGAGACAUUCGCCAGUAACCCUACGACAUUUGCCAUAAUUAUACGUACGGCAUUCGCCAAUUAUGGCGAAUCCACACCAUCGUCUACACCGUCAUUCAACGGAUCUAGUAUUGAUAUUGGAGCUACGCAAGAAAAUUCUACACCUCUCAGUAUUUCAGCUGGAUCUGUAGCAGCAAAUAUUGAAGCCAGUUCUUUGUCAUCAAAACCAAAAAACAAUUGUAACACUAGUCCAAACAAUUUAUCAUGUCUAACAAGAGGACCCGGCUCAAAUGGGAGUAUUCAUGAUAACGAAAGUCCAGAAGAAUGUGGAAGACGAGAAAAAGAUCGACGCGCAGUCAAUAAUGCGAGAGAAAGACUUCGUGUACGAGAUAUCAACGACGCUUUUAAAGAACUUGGUAGAAUGUGCUCAAUCCAUAUGAUAAAUGAUAAACCCAUUACGAAACUUGGAAUUUUACAACAGGCUGGUAAUCUCAUUACGUCUCUUGAACAACAAGUCCGAGAACGUAAUUUGAAUCUCAAAGCAGCUUGUUUAAGACGACGUGAAGAAGAAAAAGAAGUUUUAAAUGGAAGUAAUGGUGUUGGUGUUGGUAGUGGUGGUAUAAAUGUUAGUGCACAAUCACUUGCUUCAUCAUCACCAUCUUUGGAUGGCAGUACAAACUUUAUUGAUUCCAUGCAUCGUUCUGUACUUCGAAAUAAUUGGCAAGGCGUAUGA